ACAUGUCUGCUCACGACGACGAAAAGAAGAGUAGCGUCGAGGCCGUCACUCGCGAUGCCAAUGACCAGCUCGAGACGACGCCCGUUUUCGAAGCAGCCCACAAGGAGGGCAAGAUCGUCAAUCCCCUCGCCCACCUCACCAAGGCAGAGCUGUUCAACCAAGUCGAAGCCUUCGCUACCGCCAAGGGUCUCGAGUCAGACGUCGAUCUCCUCAAGCGCGGCGCUCUCGUUGCGCAAAAUCCCGCCAACUUUGAGAACAUGGACGAGCUCAGCCGCGACGAGAAGGAUGCGUUGGCCUACGAGGUCGCGCACAAGUGGUCGCAUCCUUUCCUCCUCUACCUGACCAUCUUCACCUGCAGUAUCGGUGCUGCCACGCAGGGCUGGGAUCAGACUGGCUCCAACGGCGCCAAUCUGUCCUUCCCCGACGAGUUUGGCAUCCCCAUCGACUCCGACGCGCCCAACCACGAACACAACGAAUGGAUCGUAGGUCUCGUCAACGCUGCGCCCUACAUCUCCUCUGCCCUCGUUGGCGCCUGGCUCUCCGACCCGCUCAACAACUACCUCGGCCGACGAGGAACCAUCUUCGUCACCGCACUCGUUCUCAUCGCAACACCCAUCGCAUCUGGUUUCACCCACUCUUGGGAGACUCUCUUCGUUGUUCGCCUCAUUCUGGGGUUGGGGAUGGGCGCAAAGGGAGCUACGGUGCCCGUCUUUGCUGCUGAGAACUCGCCCGCUCCGAUCAGAGGCGCUCUCGUUCUCGGAUGGCAGCUCUGGACGGCAGCUGGUAUCUUUUUGGGACUUUGCGCCAACGUCAUUGUCGCAGACACUGGACGCAUUGCCUGGCGCCUGCAACUCGGAUCAGCCUUCAUCCCCGCUCUACCGCUUGCACUGGGUAUCUACUUCUGUCCCGAGUCCCCGCGUUGGCUCAUCAAGAAGGGUCGUUACGAGUCAGCCUUCCGCUCGUUGCUCAAGUUGCGCCACAACCCGGUGCAGGCUGCUCGCGACCUCUACUACAUCCAUACUCUAUUUGUCGAAGAGAGCAAGGUCAUCCGUGGAGAGACGUACGUCAAGCGAUUCUUGGAGCUCUUCACCAUUCCGCGCGUCCGUCGUGCGACCGUCGCGUCGGGUACCGUGAUGCUGGCUCAGCAGAUGUGCGGAAUCAAUAUCAUCGCUUUCUAUAGCAGUACGUUGUUUGCACAAUCUGGAUUCACGGAUCGUCAAGCACUCUACGCAUCUUUGGGUUUUGGCGCCAUCAACUGGGUCUUCUGCGUUCCAGCACUGUACACCAUCGACACCUAUGGACGCCGAGCUCUGCUCCUCUUUACUUUCCCGAACAUGUGCUGGAGUCUUCUCAUUGCCGGCAUGGGCACCUUGUUGCCCGAUGGAUCGACUGCCCGUCUUGCCGUAGUUGCCACCUUCAUCUACGUCUUCGCCGCCUUCUACAGCCCUGGAGAAGGACCUGUACCCUUCACGUACUCGGCCGAAGUCUUCCCCCUCGCCCAGCGUGAGCAAGGCAUGGCUUGGGCCGUAUCCACCUGCCUCUUCUGGGCGGCCGUCCUCAGCAUCACCUUGCCACGAAUGCUUGCUGUCUUCACCCCUGCUGGUGUCUUCGGCUUCUAUGCUGGUCUGAACCUAAUGGCCUUUGGGAUGAUCUACCUGCUCGUGCCAGAAACCAAGUGUCUCACCCUCGAGGAGCUCGACAAUGUCUUCUCCGUCUCGCACGGCGACUUCAUCAACCACGUAGUCACCAAGGACACCCCCUACUGGACCAAGAGGUGGCUCCUCUGGCAGCGCGACACGCCCAAGCCGGAGCCGCUUCUCCAGUUCGACUCGCCCACUGUGGGAGCUGCGCUUGCUCCGGAGAAGAACUCGCGCCGUAAUGAGGAGGUAGUCUGAGGAAGUGGAAGCCGUGGCUUCGCGUGAUGAGGGCAGGAGGAGGGGGAAGGAUGGAGCAGGGCGAGUGACGAGAGAGAAUGCGG